CUCCUCCCUUGGCCGAACAUGGGCGCGCGCGCGUCCCAGGAGCCCUGGGCCCGGGUCCUGGUCGGGCUGCGGGUGCUGCUGUCGGUUCUACUUCUGACCCUGCUGCUGCUGUCGCUGGUGGCUCCUGGAGCGCAGGGGGCUCGGGGCCGCGGGACUGCGGACAAGAACAGCCACCGGCGCGCGACGAGCAGCUUCUCCCAGAGCGUGAGCAGCCUCUUCGGAGAGGACAACGUGCGCGCGGCUCAGAAGUUGCUGUCCAGACUGACUGAACGGUUCGUACAGGGAGUGGAUAUGUUCUUAGAGACGUUAUGGAAAAUUUGGAUGGAGCUAUUAGAAGUCCUUGGGCUCGACGUAUCUAACCUGUCACAGUACUUCAGCCCAGCCUCUGUGUCCAACAGUCCCACCCGGGCCCUGGUGCUGGUUGGUGUGGUUCUCCUGGCCUACUGGUUCUUGUCUCUGACCUUGGGCUUCACCUUCAGCCUCCUCCACCUGGUGUUUGGCCGCUUCUUCUGGCUUGUGCGCGUCAUCCUGUUCUCCAUGUCCUGCGUGUACAUCCUCCAUAAGUACGAGGGGGAGCCCGAGCACGCUGUGCUGCCGCUCUGCAUCGUGGUGGCCAUCUAUUUCAUGACAGGGCCCAUGGGCUACUGGCGAGGCAGCGCUGGUGGCCUCUGCAGCCCCAGUGUAGAGGAGAAGCUUGAACACCUAGAGAACCAGGUGAGAUUGCUCAACAUCCGCCUCAACAGGGUGCUCGAGAACCUUGACCGCUCCAAUGAAAAGUGAAGGUCAGCUACCAGUUCUCCAACCAGCUAGUCACGUCAGAAGACAGCAAAAGAUGAAAAGAGCCGGCAACCCCAUGGAAACCCCAACCCUCCCAAUAAACUGAGCAAAAAUGCCACACCUGGUGUUUCCCACUGUGUGUCCACCUUAGGAGCCAUUGGAGGGGAAGAACUUACGUAGAUGGCCAGUGGGAAAACAUUUUUUAAACAACAGAUAUACCCCUGUUAGCCGUGUAGUUGGGUAAGUUUAUCUGUGCAUAGAACAUAAGUUGAUUUUUUUUCCCCAAACAUUUAAAUACAUCUUUUGUAAGGUUUUUAAAUAAAGGCAGAUGGAGUCAAGUUUAUCAGAA